AUGAAUCCAACAGCAAUUCAAUGUUUGUUAUUCGUUUUUUUCAGCAUGCCAAUAAUUCGAGUGAAUUCUCUAAUGUGUCAUGGAAUUUCUCAGUAUGGUCAAUGCUCACUGAAUAGUGCCUGCGGCUGUAUGCACAUGCCAGGUGCUAUUAACGCUGGUAUUUGCGGAUUUAAGCAUCUGCCCUGUUCUGGAUUUGUUCCAUGUGCAUCUUCAAACAACGUUUGUUAUGAACCUGGUCACAUCUGUGUGCAUCAUCCUAUAUGCCAUGCACAUCCUAUUUGUUAUCCGAUUUCGAUAGCCGGUGAACCAUAUUGUCCAACGAUGACAAUGUCCAAUACUACAACAAACCCAACUUUAAUUACAACUACAACUUCAACUACAUCCACCACUUCGCAGCCAGAUAAGAUCAAUCUUAAAUGGAAACAAAAUGCCAUCACUGUGGCUGGUGGAAAUGGACAAGGACAACAAUUAAAUCAACUCUAUUACCCUUCUGGAAUCUUCAUUGAUGAAAGCAAAAAUAUUUUCAUUGCUGAUCAUUAUAAUCAUCGUAUUGUUGAAUGGAAAUACAAUGCAAAAGAAGGACAAAUCAUUGCAAGUGGAAAUGGCAAGGAAAAUCAAAUGGAUCAAUUGUAUUAUCCAACAGAUGUGAUUGUUGAUCAACAAAAUUAUUCAAUCAUUGUUGCUGAUUAUGGAAACGGACGAGUAAUUCAAUGGAUGAAUCAAACUCAACAAAUUCUCAUUGAAAAUAUUUACUGUUAUGGUUUGGCAAUUGAUAAACAUGGAUUUCUUUAUGUUUCUGAUUGGGUGAAGAAUGAAGUGAGACGAUGGAGAAUUGGAGAAUACAACAACGAAGGAAUUGUAGUAGCAGGCGGAAAUGGAAAAGGAGAUCAACUCAAUCAACUCAAUUCUCCUCGUUUUAUCUUUGUUGAUGAAGAUCAAUCUGUUUAUGUACCAGAUAGAGAUAAUCAUCGUGUGAUGAAAUGGAGAAAAGAUGCAAAAGAAGGAACAAUUGUGGCUGGCGGAAAUGAUUAUGGAGAAAAUCUUAAUCAGUUGUAUCAUCCUGAAGGAGUAGUUGUUGAUGAUUUUGGUCAAAUCUAUGUGGCAGAUGAAGAGAAUCAUCGAAUAAUGCGUUGGUGUGAAGGAAAAGAAGAAGUUAAGAUCAUCUUUGGCUUCGAAAGUUGUCCAGGAUUGUAUGCAAUCCAUUAG